ACCAGGUGGGAUCGGGUGAGGGUCGUCAUGGCGAUGCUAUGCUCUGUCUUGAGGAUGCUGGACAAGUCUUCAAGUUUGACUCGUCCAAAAGAAAUCCUGAAGGAGACAAAGAGGACGAUCUACGGCAAACCUCCUCGACACCGGGUCGGAGCUGCUCAAAGUUUCUUCGUCAUGUCUGUGUUCGCGGCGGCCAUGUUGGCCCCAGCAGCCUGGAUCCUCUACCACCUGCCGGAGUACCGGGAGCGGGCCCAGCACGUCCCGCGGACCUGACCGUCCUCUUCCUGUUUAGUCAAACAGCUGAAUUUUAUUAACCUUUCAUCUAGAAUUAGUGUGUCCUGAAACCAGUCAGGCUUUUAUUCUGAAAAAACGGCGUUUCAGAAAACUCCAGCGCCUUCAUGAUACUGAAUGUAUUGUAAAGUUUGUCAUGUCGUCAUCAGCAGUUCAUCUUUCCUGGCAAAACUCACCUGUCGUCUUUUCAAAAUAAAAGCGUUCUGUGAU